AUGAUCUCUCCAAUGGCAUUAGAGUCAUUACUUGAAGGAGUUCAAAAUCAAGAUAUGAAUAAUACAACAAAAGAAGGACAACAACAACAAAAUCAAAAUAAUAAUUUUAAUGAAAAAAUAAAAGAGAAUGAACAAAUAAUUAAUAGAAAAAGAAAAUUAAGUUUAAAUUCUUCAACAAAUUUUGAUGAUCUUAAUGAAAAUAAAAAUAAUUUAACCCCAAAUAUUUCAUUUCAACAAACAAUUCUUGAUUUGGCACAAUGUGAAGCUUUAAAAAAUAAAAAUAAUGAAGAAAAGGAUUUUAAUGGAAAAUUAGAAAUUGGCGAGGAGGAAGGAGAAGGAAAUAAUGGAGAUAAUGAUAAUAGUAGUAAUGAUUUAAAUAGACAACGUUCUCAUUUACUCGAAUUUUUUGAAGCUCGAAAAGCACUUGAAAGGAUGUUUAGUCAAUUUGUUGGUCAUCAAAGAAUGUUCCCUCCUUCUUCUACUUCUCCCUCUUCUUUACCUUUCCAACAACAAUUAGCUGACCAAUUAUCACCUUUUCUUUUAGCUUUAAACAAUACAAAUCAACAACAAUUAGAAACAAUAAAUAAUAACAAUAACAAUAUCCAAUCAACCUCCUCAACAUCAACAGAAUUAUUAUUUUCCGAUUCUUCUUUUCAAAAUAAUCCUUUUUUCUUUCCACCGUGGCAACAACAAAAAAAUUUCUUUCAAUUUUCUUCUGAAAAAUUAAAUAAAGAAGAAAUAAUUAAUAAUUCUGAAAUAUUUAAUAUUAAUGGACCAGAAGAUUUAACAACAACAAAAGAUGAAAGAGAAUCUUCUACAACAACAAUUUCGGAAUUAAUUAAUAAUGGACAACAACAACAACAACAAAAUUGGAGUUAUGAAGAUCAAUUUAAACAGCUUUAUGAUCUCUCUGAAGAUACAUCAAGAAAGGAAUGGCUUAAUGACUGGCUUCAAUUUAUGCAUAAAAUAGGCAAACCUGUAACUAGAAUUCCAAUAAUGGCUAAACAAGUUCUCGAUCUUUAUGAGCUAUAUCGACUUGUUGUUCAACAUGGGGGACUUGUUGAAGUUAUUAAUAAAAAACUUUGGCGGGAAAUAACAAAAGGAUUAAAUUUACCUCCAUCAAUAACCUCUGCUGCGUUUACACUUAGAACACAAUAUUCAAAAUAUUUAUUUGAUUAUGAAUGUCAUCGACACAACUUUAGUAAUAUCGCAGAUUUACAAGCAGCUGUAGAUGGAAAUAAACGAGAAGGACGUAAAAAUCCUCUUCCAGGAACGUCAACAACAACAAAUUCUAGUUCAACACCUCCAUCUAUUCAAAAACAAGAACAAAAUGUAAAAAAUAAAAUUUAA